GAGCCCAGACAGACACAUUCGAAAGGGCGAAUAAGCUUGGAGAGACAUCCAGCGGAAGCAUCCUAGAUUCAAUCCUCAACCCAGUGGAGGCAAUAAAUCAUCUAAAAUCUCCAGAGAAGAUGCCUUUCUGUAGCGUGCUGGAAAAAAGAAACGGAAUGGUGAUGGGAGGUGAGCUGACCUGCAGUGUUCGGGAGGAGAACAAGGCAAAAAGGGAGAGCUACAGCGCCGAUUGGCACAGUGUUCAUCUCAAGACUCAACCUCAGGAAAGUCAGACCAUGAACAUGAUCGAUGACUCCCGCAGAGAGACCAUGUCCCGGCAGUGGCAGAGUCGUUCUCUGAUUCAGACCUGCCCAUCUGGAGUCUUCAGGGUGGGCACCGUGGAAAGAGGGGUGAGGGAGCACCAGUUGCUGCCUAAGAGAAACACCCUCCCCUUGCCCAUCUUUACCCCCGCAGAGCUGGGCAUCAGGCUGGGACGCGGGGCCCCACACACGGAGCAAGACCUGCUGCCCUUCCCAGCACCAGACGGAGUCUGUCCCAGCAAGAGGAGCGUGGACGAGAUCACCAGAGACCUCCCACCCGUCAAGCCGACCCUCAUGGAGUUCGCCAAAGCACCAAAAGCGCUCGGUCGCUCCAUGUCCCAGGAAGCCCAAAGAGGCUGAAAGAAAACAGACAAAACAAGAUGGGAUGUUAGGGAGAGACAGAUGGGUUAACCAAUGGGUUAGAGAUUUCACACAGCAGAACAUGUUAGAAAGGAUUAGACCAAGAUGUACAUAAAUAGACCCAAGGCUAGUGACAUCAAGAAAGUAACCCUAAACCUUUAGUACUACUAAUGUCACAUUUGAUCAAAGCUGGAGUUAGUUGUUCUCUGGAGUUGCAUGUUUAUGUGAAGGUAUUUGUAUUGUGAUACAGAAGGAGGUGUUAUCAGCUGCACCAUGAGUUUAUCAAUGCCUCUACUGGCCAGCUGUGUACACCCGCAACACUGAUAUUCAGUGUGAUGUUUGCACUAUGCACUUUUGUUUUGAAAAGUGCAAAUUUAAUAGAAAAAAAAUCAAUGGAUUAAGCCUGUUUUAUCUGAUAAAAAAGACAGAAACUCAUGUGUGGAAAACAUAUUCAUGUACGAAGGGGGACAUGUGAUGGAAAGAGAAAGGGUAAGAGGUGUGAGGAGGGAGAAAACAUGUCAUCAAGAGUUGGUUGCCCUCCAGGAAUCCAGAAGCUUCUGCCAACCUUUGAUCCGAGCGGAGAGAAGAGAAUGUACUGGCAUGGUCGCACACUGUUGGUGUACAAAUGUUUAUGUUUGUGUGUGUGUGGAAACACUCAAUCAAAAUAAGCUAGGAAAAUCGUAAUC